AUGGCCGCGAUGAUGGGGAUCUCCGCUUUGCGCUCCCACCACCCGCUCCCCCUGUCGACCGCGCGCCCGGCCACGGCUCUCCCCCGCGCCACGUCGCCGACGUCGCACCAACCCAGCUCGCUCACGCCUCUACGAUGCCGAUGCCGAUGCCGACGCAGCCUCCCCCAUUCUUGCUGCAGCUCCUCCCCUCGCGCCUCGCUCUCGCCAGGCGCCCCCGACUCGGCCGCUGCUUUCAUGGCAUUGGCUCCCAACAAUGCCGCCCUUCGCCACCGCCUCAUCGCCCCCAACUCCACCGCCGGCUCCGGAGACGCCGCCGCCACCGGAGGCCUGCCCAGCGUCAGUGCUCGUUCUCUUGAUAGAGAAUCAAACAAUCGUCGACGACAGAUGGUUGGCAUCGCGCACCUGGCGGUGUCGCUGGGCAUCGUGCUGGCCACGGACAAGUACCUGAAGCAGGCGUUCGUGGCGGCGUCCAUCAAGUUCCCCAGCGCCCUCUUCGGCAUGUUCUGCAUCUUCUCCGUGCUCCUCGUCCUCGACACCGUCGCGCCGGCGCUGGCCAAGGCCUUCAUGGACUUCUUCGAGCCCGCCACGCUCUUCAUCCAGCGCUGGCUGCCGCUCUUCUACGUCCCCUCCCUCGUCGUCCUGCCCCUCGCCGUCAGGGACGUCCCGGCCGCCUCCGGCCUCAAGAUCUGCCUCAUCACAUUCGGUGGCUGGUUCGCCUCGCUCGCGGUGGCGGGGUACACGGCGCUCACCGUGAGGAAGAUCGUCAAGACGGAGCUCAUCGCGGCCGAGCCGAUGGGCAAGCCGUCCACCUUCGCGACGUUGGAGUUCUGGGCGUGGGGCGCCGUCUUCGUCGCCUCCUUCGCCACGGCGUUCGUGAACCCCACGGCGCUUGGCACCACGGCCAGGACGUGCCUCCCGUUCAUGCUCGCUUCCACUGUACUGGGAUACAUGGUUGGUUCUGGGUUACCGCCUGGUAUCAAGAAAUUGUUACACCCGAUCAUCUGCUGCGCGCUUUCCGCGAAUUUGUCGGCGGUCGCAUACGGGUACCUCUCCGGGUCCGGAAUCGAUGCUGCGCUAGGUGAUUACCUGACAAAGGUGCCAUCAAAUCCUGGAGCUGGUGACGUCCUGAUGGGCUUUCUUGGGUCUGUCAUCUUAUCAUUUGCCUUCUCAAUGUUCAAGCAGAGAAAGCUUGUGAAGAGGCACGCGGCAGAAAUUUUCACGUCGAUCGCGAUUGCGUCGACAUUCUCCCUGUACUCGACAGCCAUCCUAGGACGCCUGAUUGGGUUGGAGCCAACAUUGACCAUCUCGAUAUUGCCAAGGUGUAUAACCGUGGCGUUGGCUCUGAGCAUAGUCUCUUUCUUCGAAGGUGCAAACACUUCGCUGACGGCCGCCGUGGUUGUUCUGACGGGCCUGAUUGGCGCCAACUUUGUGCAAGCGGCCAUGGAUAAGCUUGGCCUCAACGACCCCAUCGCCAGAGGGAUCGGAACAGCUUCCAGUGCUCAUGGGUUGGGAACCGCGGCGCUGUCGGCCAAGGAGCCUGAGGCGCUCCCUUUCUGCGCCAUCGCCUACGCGCUCACCGGCAUUUUCGGCUCAUUGAUCUGCUCCUCUGCAGCCGUCAGGCAAAGCCUGGUGUUCAUAGCCGGCUGA